AUGGAGGAUAAACCCAAGUCUGCAAUGGAGGCAUUUGAGAAACUGGAGAAAGUGGGAGAGGGAACGUAUGGUAAAGUGUACAGAGCCAGGGAAAAGGCCACUGGCAAGAUUGUAGCCCUCAAGAAAACCCGUCUCCACGAAGACGAAGAAGGUGUACCCCCUACCACUCUUCGCGAGGUUUCCUUGUUGCGUAUGCUCUCAAGAGACCCCCAUGUCGUCAGAUUGAUGGAUGUGCAACAAGGCCAGAACAAAGAAGGCAAGACAGUUCUUUACUUGGUGUUUGAGUACAUGGACACUGACCUCAAGAAAUACAUUCGCAGCUUCCGUCAAACUGGGGAAAACAUCCCGACUAAAAUUGUCAAGAGCUUGAUGUAUCAGCUGUGCAAGGGUGUUGCUUUCUGCCAUGGCCACGGUGUGUUACACAGGGAUCUUAAGCCUCACAAUCUUUUGAUGGAUCGUAAGACGAUGAUGCUUAAAAUUGCAGACCUUGGACUGGCCAGAGCUUUUACCUUACCAAUCAAGAAGUAUACUCAUGAGAUACUGACUCUCUGGUACAGAGCUCCUGAGGUCCUUUUGGGAGCUACACAUUAUUCCACUGCAGUGGACAUGUGGUCUGUUGCCUGUAUAUUUGCCGAACUAGUCACAAAGCAAGCUCUCUUCCCUGGAGACUCCGAACUUCAACAGCUGCUGCACAUAUUCAGAUUGUUGGGAACGCCUAAUGAAGAAGUUUGGCCUGGAGUGAGCAAGUUAGUGAACUGGCAUGAAUACCCGCAAUGGAGUCCUAAGCCACUUUCAUCAGCAGUCCCUGCUCUGGAUGAAGACGGGCUAAAUCUGUUAUCAGAAAUGUUGCAUUAUGAACCAUCAAAACGGAUUUCAGCAAAGAAAGCUAUGGAACAUUCCUACUUCGACGAUCUUGACACGUCCAAUCUCUAA